AUGUCAGCCGAUCAUACUAGAGAUCCAUGUCCUAUAGUUAUAUUAAAUGAUUUCGGUGGAGCCUUUUCCAUGGGUGUUAUUGGUGGAUGUGUUUGGCACGGUAUUAAAGGAUUCCGUAACUCACCAUACGGAGAAAGAGGUUAUGGAACUAUAUCGGCAAUCAAAAGUAGAGCUCCAGUUGUUGGAGGUAAUUUCGGUGUCUGGGGUGGUUUAUUCUCCACCUUCGAUUGUUCAGUCAAAGCCAUUAGAAGAAGGGAAGAUGCUUGGAAUGCUGUCAUUGCUGGUUUUUUCACCGGUGGUGCAUUAGCUAUUAGAGGUGGUUGGAGACAUACUAGAAAUUCUGCCAUCACUUGUGCUUGUUUAUUAGGUGUUUUCGAAGGGGUUGGUAUGUUAGUUCAAAGAUUUACUGCUCAAGCUCCUAUUGCUCCAGCUUACCCUGAAGAUGUUAAACCAUUAUCAGCAUAA